UAAAUCCCAAAUGGAGGGUGCAAGCCAAGCUGAUUCGUAUAUAGAUGGAUCCAAGCUACCAAAGAUCAGAGUUGUAGUCAGAAAAAGACCCAUGAGCCAGAAAGAAAUUAAUAAAAACGAACAAGAUGUCGUUGAGUGAUUUGAGCCCCAGACUGUUGUAGUUAAAGAAUUAAAGGAAAAAGUCGACUUAACAAAAUAUAUCGAGGAACACCAUUUCGUAUUCGACCAGGUCUUCGAUGAAGCUAUUUCUAAUCAAGAUUUUUAUGUACAAGUAGUUCAACCUUUAGUAUCUGCGUUAUUCUUGGGAUCAAAGGUUACGUGCUUCGCCUACGGCCAGACUGGAAGCGGUAAAACACAUACCAUGAUGGGUCCUCCCGGUGACUCCGAACACAAAAUACCCGGAAUGUACUUGCUCGCUGCCAACGACAUUUUCGCACUGAUGGAAGACGACUCAAUGAGCGACUUCUCAGUGUACAUUUCGUUCUACGAGAUCUACUGAGGAAAACUCUACGACUUGUUGAACGGCCGCAAACUCGUGCAUGCCAGAGAAAACGCAAGCCAGAAAGUCAAAAUUAUGGGGCUGACUGAGGCCCAGAUCACGAGUGUCGAAGAAACGAUGGAGGUCAUCGACUUCGGCCUGAGUUCGCGGACCACAGGCACCACCGCCAUGAACUCGGACUCGUCGAGGUCGCACGCAGUUCUUCAGAUUGCGAUAAAGCAGGACAACGGCAAAUUGUUCGGCAAGAUGUCAUUCAUCGACUUGGCUGGAAGUGAGAGAGGAGCAGAUGCAUUCGACAGUAAGAAAGAGACCAGAAUGGAUGGAGCAGAAAUUAACAAAUCUUUACUUGCCUUAAAAGAAUGUAUCCGAGCUCUGGAUCAAUCUAAGAAGCAUACACCAUUCAGAGGAAGUAAGUUGACUAUGGUCCUCAAGGAUUCUUUUCAAGGUAACAAAUGUAAGACUGUAAUGGUAGCUAACAUCGGGCCAACAAUCAGUUGCUGUGAACACACUUUGAACACUUUAAGAUAUGCAGACAGAGUUAAGGAACUCAAGAAAGAGAAUAGAGAUACCUCCAACUCCCUAAUGCUCCCUAGGCAAUCCAAUAAUUCGAAAAAGUAUGAAUUGAAAAGGAAAUAAUUCAUUCGAAGGGAAGAAAAAGCUCACAGGGAUGGCUGCCAUUCAAAACAAUAUGGAAAACAAGAAAAUUAGCAAGACCAAUAGCAGUAGACCCCAAACAGCAGCCUAUACCAAAGGGAACCUUUCUCGGGCAAAGACUGGAAUCCCUGGUAUAGGGGGUGGGCCAACACUUACCAAGAAGCCAAAAUCAGAAUCUUCAAAUGCAGGACUGAAAGGGGUAAACCAAAACAGGAUACAUCAACUUCUCCAAAAUAAUCCGAGCGGAGCAGCUGCAACAAUGAACAAGAAGAUAGUUCACCAGGACAACUUUGAAAAUGACAUUGACGUUGAGAGAAGGCUUGAUGCCAACAUCGAGAACGCACAUCGGAUGAGGAAGGAAUCCAACACCAUCGAUACUGAAUCAAGUAUGCCUAAGCAUUCCAUGUAUCAACAAGAGCCUGCUAGCUCCCAGCAGGACUACUACAUCGAUGAUGAGCCUUUGCUAGAGACUGGCAUGCCAACCGAAGAGCCAGUAGACUCUGACCUCCAAGAUCUCAAAAUGAACCAUGACAAACUGGUUGAUUUGAUUCUCAAAGAGGAGGAUGACUUGAUCUCUGACCAUCACAAGUUCAUUGAAAACACAAUAAAUUCAGUCAAAGAGCAGGAGAAACUGAGACAUGAAGUUAAUCUACCCGGAAGUGAUGUGGAAGAUUAUAUUAUCAACCUGGAUCGUCUUCUGCUAACGAUGCAGAAUGGAAUAUCCUCUAUCAGGAACAAUAUUUCGAGCUUCCAUACACACAUCAAGCAGGAGAAAGAUCUCAGUAGUAAGUUUUACACGAUGCAAAUGGAACAAGCAGAUGUUGCUCCCGAUUUAGAUGACUAUUAAG